AUGUCUUUCGGUGAAAUGAUUCCUCCUAGUAUUGGUAAUCUGUCAAAGUUGCGUUACCUUGAUCUCCAAGCUAUUUCGUAUCCGCACCAGCUUUGGGCGUCAGACUUACAUUGGCUCCCAAACCUUUCUUCCUUGGAGUAUCUCAACUUGGGAGGCGUGAACCUUAACAAAACCUAUGAAGGUUGGCUCCAAGCUAUUAAUAUGCUUCCUUCCCUUCUGGAACUUCACCCGUCGAAAUGUAAUCUCGAUCUUUCAAGUAACUAUGACAUUACUGGUGAAAUAGAAGAGCUUGUCAAUGAUUUAUCAGGGUGUAGUAACGUUAGUCUAGAGUAUUUAGACUUGACUGCUAAUAAACUUAGUGGGCACUUGCCAAAUUCUCUAGGAUACCUCAAACAUUUGAAGUACCUUAGUCUUUCCUACAACUCAUUCUCAGGUCUAAUUCCCCCACGCAUGGGAAAUUUGUCAAACUUGGAAAAACUUGACCUCUCGUUCAACAAUAUGUAUGCGACCAUCCCGGAAAGUAUCGGAGAACUUCAAGAGCUACGGAAUUUAGAUCUUUUCUAUAAUUCCUGGGAAGGCGUCAUAAGUGAAGAUCAUUUCCGUAAUCUUACAAAUUUGUCUUGGCUUUCUUUAUCAUCUUCAAAGAACUCAUUAGUUCUUAAGUUUGAGCAAUUGGACCUUUCUCGCAACAACUUAAGGGGAGAACUUCCCGGUUCAUCAUUCUCGGUGUCCCUUUGGAUUGUGGAUUUGAGUUUCAAUUUCUUUAAAGGGCCAUUUCCUCUUUGGUCUAGUGUUGCAUCUCUCUCUUUAAGAAACAACAUGUUUUCUGGACCAAUACCUUCAAGAAUUGGCCAUGUAAUGCCGGGGUUGACUUUCCUUGACCUCGUCUCUGGGAACUUUAUAAAUGGUAGCAUUCAUCCAUCCUUAAUCAAACUGAAGAGUUUGGGAACUCUUGACCUAUCAAACAAUCUCUUAUCAGGACAAAUCCCUAACCAUUGGGAGGGAAUGCAAGAUUUGUGGAGCAUAGAUCUAUCAAACAAUAACGUAACUGGUAUGAUUCCCAGUUCAUUGUGCUCAUUGCCUUAUCUGUACUGGUUGCAACUGAGUAAGAAUGGACUUUCUGGAGAGCUAUCUUCUUCUUUGCGAGAUUGUAGGCGAUCGGUGCCAGUGAUUGAUCUCAGAGAUAACAUGUUUUCGGGAAUCAUACCGAAAUGGAUUGGCAAAAGACUUUUCUCAAUAGAAAUAUUGCGCCUAAGAAACAACUUGCUCACCGGUAAUAUACCUGAGGAGUUGUGCCAACUCGCCUUCAUCCAUGUCUUGGAUCUUGCUCAUAACAAUUUCUCCGGACCAAUCCCCACGUGUCUGGGCAUGAUGGCUGGCUUUCAACAUUCAGGCUUUUAUAGUAAGGUGCCACCGUCAAAAUCCCAAGACUUCAUGAGCUAUAUGAAUAUGCAAUUGGUUCUGAAAGGAAGACAAGAUGACUAUGUGCAGCUUAAGAUAGUAAACAUGAUUGAUCUUUCGGUGAAUAGUCUCUCCGGGGAAAUCCCAACAACUUUAACAAAUCUUUCGAAACUGGUUGCCUUGAAUUUGUCCAUGAACCACUUGACUGGAAGAAUACCGGAGAAAAUCAGAGACCUGAAAUUUUUAGAAACUCUUGACCUUUCUUGGAACCGUCUUGAAGAUCCUGGUCCCUUGAGCAUGUCUUCUCUUAAUUUCUUGAGUCAUUUGGACGUGUUACACAACACUUUGUCCGGAACAAUUCCAUUUACUGGUCAGUUAAACACCUUGAAUGAUCCGUCCAUUUACAAAGGUAACUCGGGACUCUGUGGACCUCCCCUGCCAACCUUGUGCUCAGGGCCUAGCGUUCAAGUCACUGAUCAAAGUAAAGAAGGAACCGAUGAUGAGGACGAUGAUCGGCACGACAAGUUUUGGCUUUACGUAAGUAUUGGAUUGGGAUUCAUCACUGGAUUUUGGGCUGUUUGUGGCAGUUUGGUGAUAAAAGACUCUUGGAGACAUUCAUAUUUCAGGUUCAUCGACAAUGUAAAAGAGACUCCUUCGAAUUAUGUCACUUAA